CUACCGCAGAGUAUACUUAAAUUGUAUUCAAUACGCAUAAGAUUGUAAGAACACCAAGCAAGGCGCUUUUAUUGAUAAAACCAACAUCCGCUUAACGAAAAUAAUUAAGAUGGAUGGACUAUUCAGAAAUAGUAACACGCAAAAUAUGUUUGCACAUUUGGGAACUCGCGUCGGUAAUGAUUACGUCCCAUCCAAAAAUUGUUUUAUAAUACUCAUGCAUAUCUAUGAAAAAUUGAAUUCAUCAGAAGAAAGUGCAACGCAUCUUAGACAGAUAAUUGGAUUCUCACAACUAUUAAACAAACAUCUCAUACCGAUGUUUAUUGCAGUUAAUAACGAAAAUAUAAUUGACAUUUUGUUGAAAAUUCUUGUUAGCCUAAUAUCACCGAUUGAAUGUUUGAUGCUAGUUGAAAAAAGAGUUGGAGAAAAGAGUGAUAAUUCCACGUUACUUAGGAUGAAUUGGAUGAUGAUGACAAGUAAAGCUACAUGGACUGACUUAAAAGCCAUCAAACGAAUCAUGCAAAUUAUAAAGGAACAUAUGAAAAAAUUGUCUUGCUAUCCUGCGAGGUGUACCAACAAUCAAAGUAUAUCGUUUAUAACCAAUUGUUUACGUUUAAUAAAAAAUAUUCUUCACAUACCUAACGAGCAAUAUCAAAACACAUUAUUGUGGAUGAUCUUUUCUGAACAAUUUGACGAGAUCAUUAUUGCCUUGAUCGCCGAUUCUAACCGAGGACAUUGGGCAGUACUAAUCAUUGAACUGAUAGCUCUGAUUUUUAAGAAUCAACACGUUGACGAGAUGUCAAAGCAAAUCAUAAAAAUGAAUGAAACUAUAAAGUUUGAUAGUUCUGAAGACAAUGAAAGCAAUACAUCGUCAUUAUAUCCAAAAAACGGAAGAAAUUCAUCACCAGAAAAUGUAUCUGAAUUAUCAAACACGGAGGACAAUGAUAAUGAUAACAAUUUGAAUGUGAAUCAAAUGAUGGAGAAUCUACGAAAAAACAGUUUGAUGAAUGAAGAAGACAAUAGUUCUAGAGAAAUUAUAAAUCGUCAUUUAAAAAUCAAUACUGUGAAAGAUAAACUCGGAACUAAAAAUAUAUUCGAAGACCUUUCACUAUUACCUAGCCACGACUUAACAAAAGAAGAUAAUGAAGAAAAAAUUAAUUCCAAAAACUCGAACAGAGAAUCCAGAAGAAAUUCAUUUGAACAAAUUAAACUUGAAUUUGAAAUGAAAGCUUAUAAACCCACUUUUGCGAGUGAAAUUUGUAAAAAAAAAGUGGUAACGCGCAAAAAAAAAUAUACGAAAAAAAUUCUAAAAACAAAAUUGAAAUCACCAAGUUUUCCUAUACAGUUUAAUGUGCCAAAUGAGAUAUGCAUGAUAUCAUACUUUCUUCAGAAAUUUACUGUUUGUUUUAUGCAAAACGGAUUCAAUACCUUAGUCGAAGAACUUUAUUACUUACUUACAUCGAAUUCACAGCAGCACAUAGAUACUUCACUGUAUUUCUGGCUAUUAACAUACUUUUGUAGAUUUUGCAAAUUAAGCAACAUCGAAUUAAAACUAGUCAGACGGAUUGUAUCUUUCAAACUGAUUUCAUUCAUUGUUCACGAGGGUCUUAAAAUAUCAGAACAAUUAACUAUCGCAAAACGGCAAAAAUCUCCAAAUAUUCAUUUAAAAGUCAGACAUUUGCAUUUGGCCAUUAUGGCCAUUAAAGAAGUGAUAAAAACUAUUGAGUUUUAUCGCCAAACUGCUGUCGAGUCACCAAUUUAUGCCGAUCUAAUAAAUGACCUUCAGAAUUCAGGUAACAACUCGCCAGAAUCAAUCACUUGGGCAAAGGACCUCAAAUCUUUGUUCACAUUGCUAAUUCGUUACUAUGACAGUGACAUACAGAUUAUUGAAUAUUUGCAUGAUUUGAUAAUUACAAAUCAUAUGGUAUUGUCAUUGUUUGAUACCCUUAAAGAUUGUUGGAAUUUAAAUGACAAUAUUAAUGCGUACAUCAAAAAGUUUGCUGUUUCUGACAUAAUGUACAAGUACGGCAUAGUUCUACAAAACUACGAAAGAAACAGCGAAAUAGUCAACGAAUCUGUAUUCACUAUGAUGCAUCAUAUCAGCAAAGUUGAAAACAAUACAGCACUCUUCCAACCGAUCAUUUUAAAAACAUUUUUGAAAAUGUUCGAAAAUAAUGAUUUUCAGUACAAAAUGUGGUCUGAUUUGAUUAAAAAUGUUCUAAACAAGUUUCUAAAAUCUACCUCACAUAAGAACCUGUUCUAAAACACUCUUCGUGGACUUCAGUAUACCUAUCUACAAUUGAACUUCAAAUUUUAAACAUUAAAUUAAAAAAAAAACAAAAUGAUUUUACAUGAAACUACAAACACGUAGGUAGGUAUAUCAUGUAACCUCCCCUCUUACUAAAAAAAAGAACUUUUUCACUAGAAUACGCAUAUUUGUUGUUUUUAAAACUAUAUAAUAAA